UCCACCUCAGUGAGUUUAUUUACCUGUACUGUCUAAAUGUGUUACUGUCUCUUUAAAUGUUGACCCUCCUCCUCCUCCUCCUCCUCCUCGUGCCCAUGAUGGCCGCCGCUUCUCUCUACCUGGGCUUCGACUUCAGCACGCAGCAGCUGAAGGUGGUGGCGAUGGAUGGAAACCUGAACGUCGUUCAUCAGAACAGUGUGCAGUUUGACCAGGAGCUGCCAGAGUUCAGGACUCAGGGAGGAGUCCACAUCCAUGCUGACGGGCUGACGGUCACCUCUCCUGUGCUGAUGUGGGUCAAGGCUCUGGACCUGCUGCUGGACAAGCUGAAGAGGGCGGGGCUUGACUUCUCCCGCGUCAGAGCGCUGUCAGGCAGCGGCCAGCAACACGGCAGUGUGUACUGGAGGAGAGGAGCGUCCGAGACUCUGAAACAGCUGGACCCGGACCAGAACCUGCACCAGCUGCUGCAGGGCAGCUUCUCGGUGUCCGACUGUCCCGUGUGGAUGGACUCCAGCAGCACUCAGCAGUGUCUGGACCUGCAGGCAGCAGCAGGGGGGCCCCUGAGACUGGCAGAGAUCACCGGAUCCAGAGCCUACGAGCGUUUCACAGGAAACCAGAUCGCCAAGCUGAGGCUGACCCAAGCGGAGCAGUUCCAGGAGACCGAGAGGAUCUCGUUGGUCAGCAGCUUCGCAGCUUCGCUCUUCCUCGGUGGUUACGCCGCCAUCGACUACAGUGACGGUUCAGGGAUGAAUCUGUUGGACAUCAGGACCAGGAACUGGUCUGAGGUCUGCCUGGAAGCCACCGCUCCUCAUCUGGGCCGGCUGCUGGGAGCGCCGCUUCCCUCCACAUCUGUACUGGGCCCCGUCUCCUCCUACUUUGUGCAGCGAUGCGGUUUCUCUGAGAGCUGCAGGGUGGUGGCUUUCACCGGAGACAACCCAGCGUCUCUGGCAGGAAUGAGGCUCCAGCGGGGAGACACGGCUGUGUCCCUCGGCACCAGCGACACGCUGUUCCUGUGGAUCCGGCGGCCUCGCCCGGCGCCGGAGGGGCACAUCUUCUGCAACCCCGUCGACCGGCGGGCCUACAUGGCUCUGCUGUGCUUCAAGAACGGCUCUCUGACGAGGGAACGCAUCAGGAACGAGUGUGCUGGAGGAUCAUGGGAAGGGUUUUCUGCCGCCUUGAGGGACACGCCGCUGGGAAACAACGGGAACAUAGGCUUUUAUUUUGACACCAUGGAGAUCACACCUCCUGCAGUAGGAGUUCACCUCUUUGAUUCAGACGACAACAAGGUGUCCUCUCUGAGUCCUCAGGUGGAGGUUCGGGCGCUGGUGGAGGGUCAGUUUAUGUCCAGGAGACUCCACGCUGAGAGGCUGGGCUACUCCAUCAUUCCAGGAACCAGAGUGUUGGCAACAGGCGGCGCUUCAUCUAACAAAGAGAUUCUGCAGGUUCUGUCUGACGUCUUCAACGCUCCGGUUUACACCAUCGAUCUGUCCAACUCCGCCUGCCUGGGGUCGGCCUACAGAGCUCUGCACGGCCUGGUUGCAGAAUCUGGAGUUUCCUUCUUGGAUGUGGUGAAGAACGCACCGGAACCACAACUGGUCGCCACCCCGGACCCUUCAGCGCCGGAGGUGUACGACCAGAUGCUGAAGCGUUACGCCCGACUGGAGGAGAGAGUCCUGCAGGAGAGCUGAGCCACAGCCACCAAUCGGCUGUGACCGAGAGCAAACGAACGUGCUGAAACCGAAAGCAGGAACGUUUUGCUCUUUGAAUCCUCUGAGCUUUGUUAGGAAGGACUUUAGUCCUGCUGGUCGAUAAUAAAGAUGAUUCAAAUCAGCAAAUGAAUGUAAAAAAACACCUUUUCUUACCUUUGGACAGAAACUAUGACGAUAUAUAGAUAUAUAAACGAAGCUAAAGGGAACCAAAGGGGAGUGAAAAGCGACCACAUGUGAGGAGUUGGGAUGGGAACGUGUAGUAUUUAGGAUAAAUUGUUACCAUGACAGUUGAAGUUGGUAUUUUUUAUGUAUAAUUUUCAAUAAAGUAAAUAAUGUGAGGAACA